AAGUAUUGAGUCGAAGAAGAAGAGUUGAACUUGAGAUGUGUUCAGGACGAGCCGUUGCUCUAUUAAAUUGACCAAAUAACAGGAAGUCGAUGUCAAUCGGAAUAUCGGAGGCAACAGAAGCACAUCUCACUUGAAGUCAUUCCUGUAGUAGAAAAAGUAAAGCUGUGCAAAUGAGCAGUGAAGUUUCAAAUGGUGACACUGAUGCCCCUCGUGCCAAGAGGGCCAAACUUGAAGAUGAAGAUGACGACUCAGACGAAGCUGCCAUCUCCCCUGCCACCAUGAGUAAGGUGGAAGACUUCCUACUGCCUUUCCAGCUCUCACUGGAGAAGCUGCGUGAGGUGUCCUCAAAGCUUCGUAAGGACCUCAUUAGAGGGCUGGGCAAGCACACCCACCGGCGAGCCCCGGUCAAGAUGCUACCGACCUUUGUCAGGGAUACACCAGAUGGGACUGAGAAAGGGGACUUCUUGGCUCUAGAUCUGGGCGGGACAAAUUUCCGUGUGCUGCAUGUGUGUGUGGAAGAGAACCUGCAGAAAGUGCUGAAGAACGAUUCACAAGUGUGCGCCAUACCUCAGGAGAUGAUGCAGGGACCUGGAGAGGAGCUCUUUGAUCAUAUAGCAGCGUGCCUAGCUGAGUUCCUUGAGUCAUUAGAACUCAAAGACAAGAUUCUCCCUCUUGGUUUCACCUUCUCCUUUCCCUGUGAGCAAAAAGACAUUGACAAGAGCAUCUUGAUCCGGUGGACUAAGGGCUUUGCCUGCUCUGGAGUGGAGGGGCAGGAUGUGGUGCUGAUGCUGAGAGAGGCCAUUAAGAGGAGAGGAGACUAUGACAUUGGUUCUAUUGCCAUGGUGAAUGACACUGUCGGGACCAUGAUGAAUUGUGGGUACCAGGACCAGAGCUGUGAGAUUGGCUUGAUUAUUGGCACAGGGACCAACGCCUGCUACAUGGAGGAGAUGCGUAACGUGAAGCGUGUGGAAGGAGACGAAGGACGCAUGUGCAUCAACACAGAGUGGGGGGGCUUCGGGGACGAUGGCUCCCUCAGAGACAUCCAGACGGAGUUUGACGUGGAAGUUGACCGCACCUCUAUCAACCCAGGUGUCCACACGUUUGAGAAGAUGAUUAGUGGUAUGUACCUGGGUGAGGUGGCUCGACUGGUUCUGAUAGAAAUGGCCAAGAAGAAUUUGGUCUUUGGGGGUGAGACGUCAGAAGCACUCUUAACUCCUGACAGCUUUGAGACUCGAUUCAUAUCCGAGAUUGAAGAGGAGGACACUGGUCUGGAGCGGGCCCAGCUGAUCCUUACUGAAGAUCUGGGACUCCCUGCAGGGCCAGACGACUGUGAGAUUGUGCGGCUGGUCUGUGACAUUCUCUCCACUCGCUCAGCACAGCUAUGUGGCGCAGCCCUGGCCACCAUAGCCAAUCGAAUCCGCAACAACCGUGGACUGAGCCACUUGACCACCACAGUGGGGGUGGAUGGAACCGUCUACACAAAGCACCCACAUUAUAGUGACAGGCUUGAGGAGACUGUUAAAACGUUGGCACCCAAAUGCGACAUCAAGUUUUUAGUGACAGACGAUGGAAGUGGCAAGGGUGCUGCUAUGGUUACGGCUGUUGCCCAAAGACUGGCCAUUCAUUCCAAGCUGCUUGAGGACAGCGAUGGAGAUGAGGAAGAAGACGAGGAAGAUGAGGAGGAGGAGGACUAAGAUGAUGACUGAUUCAAACUACUGUGCUCUUUGGAGGCUGUUGUGUUUAGAUACCUUCAUUAUUAAAAUGAUUAAUAACUGAUAA